UUUCUCAGAUUUCCCUAGAAGAAAGACUAGCAAUCAUUUGCCGUUCUCUUCAAACGAGUCCGUUUCUUUCUCCUCAGGCAGAAGUUGUAUUUUGAACUCCGAUCCCUUUCAAGAGUUAAGGCCUACGUCAACGUAAGCUGCCACACAGGGACUACUGAUCAAUCUCUCUCACAGAAUGCCGCCUCCAUGUUUCAUGCUGGCCGCCAUCAUGUUGCUAGUGGCAACGGCUGUUCCUGCGCUUGGAGACCCGGUUCCCGUUUCAGCCAUGCCGGACAAUCAAGUGCCGCUUGUCACAGCAAGGCCAAGUUGUAUGGUUCGUUGGAUUACCCAGUCCGGUGUGGAGCAGGAGAUGGCGGAGAAGUACGAGGGCAUCUUCAAGAGCAUUGGCAUGAGCGAAGCCAAGCUGCUUGAGCUGGACACGGGUGUGCUGGCGUUCCUGAUGGGAAUGACGGACGCUCAUGCCACUAUGCUCAAGAACUGCCUUGCCGGUAGGAAUCCGUUAUGUGCUGGUGCGUUCGACCCGUGCAACACUGAGGGAGAGUGUGUGUUCAACACUGACAGUCGUUCAUACAUGUGUCAAUGCCAGCCAGGCAGAACGGGAUACUAUUGCGAGGAUGAAAUUGAUGAGUGCGGCAGCGAGCCCUGUCAGAAUGGUGGACGAUGUGUGGACGCUUUCAACUCAUUCAGUUGUAACUGUUCAGUUGGCUACGAGGGAGAUCUGUGCCAGACACGCUGGCUCACUCUUUCACGAUAUGAUUCAGUCCCCGAAACAUUGAUGCAGUUAUCGUACCCUCUCCAGUCUCUGAAUGCCAGCCUGGAGAAGGAAAAGGCCAGCCAAGAAAUACAGUUGUUCAAACUGCAGUCUCUGAACGCCAGCCUGGAGGAGGAAAAAGCUAAAGUUAAAAGCCAAGAAAUCCAGUUGCUGAAACUGAAGGAGCAACAGAAAUGCAACCCUUCUGAGCUGGGAUUCGCCUACUCGUCAAGUACUAACCAAUACUUUGGCAUCUCUCAGGUUGCCAAGGUAACCAUCAAGAAGAAACAAUCGUCAACACUACUUCACAUCGCCUACACUGCCAAUAUUCGCACACACGGAGGCGGUACACCGCAGUCCAGGUGGUAUGCCAAGAUUGGUAACCGAGAAUGCAGCAGUCCAAACAAAGUGGAGAUGGUGCAAUUCCGUAGCGGUGAUGCACCCGUACCUUACAGUCCAGCUCACCUGGAGGGCAUAUGCAAACAAACCAGUUCUGGAAACAUCCCAGCUGGUCUUCGCACUAUAACUAUACACACUGGGGACAAGGCAAACUUGGGAAGUUUCCGUGCAUAUACCGGCUACCAGUCUGCGUCAACACUUCAAGUUCGUGAAAUAUGUGCCCCUUAAGGUUACGCAUGAAUCCCUUUACAUACAUCACUUGUAAUUGCGUUUGGUCACCCUUUUUCUUCAUUCUCACAUUUUUGCUUCUGGUGCACACAUGCAACGCUUAGUUUUCAUACCCCUGUUUUUGUGUACACGUUUUUUGAGAAAUCACACUUUGAUAUUUUUGUGCUUGCAUUGUGUCCGUCUUACCUUAUCUUCCUUGCUAAAGUAUUUCAUUUGUUGUGAUUUGUUCUUUAGUACAACGUUGAUUCCUAAUGAGUGUUGCACGAAAGCUAGUUCGAAUGAUUGUUUCCAUCGUUCUCUUCCUACAUGUAUUUCUCUCUCCUUUUUAUUGUUUUCGCAUCAUAGAAAUUGGACUUUUUAAUGUGGGUGUUUUUUGCAAUAUUUUCAACUCCUAUUAUCAAAUAUACGUUUCGGUGAA